AGAAUUAGCUUGUAGCUUACUCGCAACCAAUCGGACGAGGUCGAGAAAUCAUUCUCUGGCAGUUACACACCCACGUUAAUUUCGUGUCAACCACUUCGCGGGAGUUGCUGUAAGAGAAAUCGUUUCUUCAAAGUAGAAAAACAUCUACGUAAAACUAGGCAACUAUGUCUGACAGAAAAGCAGUGAUCAAAAAUGCCGACAUGUCUGAGGAGAUGCAGCAGGACGCUGUUGAAUGUGCCACCCAGGCCCUUGAGAAGUAUAACAUCGAGAAAGACAUCGCUGCAUACAUAAAAAAGGAGUUCGACAAGAAGUUCAACCCCACUUGGCAUUGCAUUGUUGGCAGGAAUUUUGGCAGCUACGUGACGCAUGAAACAAAGCAUUUUAUCUACUUCUACUUGGGUCAGGUCGCAAUACUCCUGUUCAAAUCUGGUUGAAGAAAGAAGUCCGGUAUGACCAAUAAAACGGACUAAUUUUACAGCAAGGCUCUCAUCAUUCCUGAUCAACGGGCUCCGCCUUUUUCUGUGCUGCUUUCUACUGUUGUGGAGGGGUGUGGGGGUUGCAAUGUAAUAAACGCUAAAUACGUGUAUUUAUUUUUGUCAUGUUACAUUUGACAUUUCAGUUUUUUAAAUUAAAGCAUACCCGUUUGCCUCUUUCAA